CAAUCUUCCUCAUACAGUCCGCCAUGAUGCAUGCGGUUGGUCGCAGCUGUUUAGGGGCGAUUAGGGCUUCUAAAUCAGCCCUUUUUGCCCAGCGAGCUUCACAAUCAGCGCUCAAGACCGUUGCUUCAUAUCAUACAUCACGUCGCAACUAUGCCGCGGCAGCAGCAGAAGCUGCAGUCAAGAAGGUGACACCCGGACAGGUGGUGGCGGUCAUCGGUGCUGUCGUUGACGUCCAGUUUGAGGAUGAACUGCCCCCCAUUCUAUCCGCCUUAGAAGUAGAAAAUAGAACACCUAGACUUAUCUUGGAAGUCGCACAACAUUUAGGUGAAAAUACAGUUAGGACAAUUGCUAUGGAUGGUACGGAAGGUCUCGUGCGAGGCCAGAAGUGCCAAGACACCGGCUAUCCAAUCAGAAUUCCCGUAGGACCAGAAACACUUGGUAGAAUUAUUAACGUAAUUGGCGAACCCAUUGACGAGAGGGGUCCCGUACCAACCGAUAGGAGGGCGUCCAUCCACGCUGAAGCUCCAGAGUUUGUUGAGAUGAGCGUGCAGCAGGAGAUCCUGGCCACUGGUAUCAAGGUUGUCGACAUGUUGGCCCCAUACGCCAAGGGAGGCAAGAUCGGUCUCUUCGGUGGGGCUGGUGUCGGCAAGACCGUGUUGAUUAUGGAACUGAUUAACAAUGUUGCCAAGGCCCACGGUGGUUACUCCGUGUUUGCUGGUGUUGGUGAGCGUACCCGUGAGGGGAACGAUCUCUACCACGAGAUGAUUGAGGGAGGUGUCAUCAACCUCAAGGACGACUCCUCAAAGGUGUCGCUUGUGUACGGUCAGAUGAACGAACCCCCAGGUGCCCGUGCCCGAGUUGCUCUCACUGGCUUGACCGUUGCCGAAUACUUCCGUGAUCAGGAAGGACAAGAUGUGCUACUUUUCAUUGAUAACAUUUUCAGAUUUACUCAGGCUGGCUCAGAGGUAUCUGCUUUGCUGGGACGUAUCCCAUCUGCUGUGGGUUAUCAGCCAACCCUGGCUACCGACAUGGGAACUAUGCAGGAGAGAAUCACCACCACAAGGAAGGGAUCCAUCACUUCUGUGCAGGCCAUCUAUGUGCCCGCUGAUGAUUUGACUGAUCCCGCCCCGGCCACGACCUUCGCCCAUUUGGACGCCACCACUGUGUUGUCCCGUGGUAUCGCCGAAUUGGGUAUCUACCCCGCUGUGGAUCCGCUCGAUUCAACCUCGCGUAUCUUGGACCCCAACGUUGUUGGCGAGGAACAUUACAUGACUGCUCGAGGAGUGCAGAAAAUCCUUCAGGAUUACCGCUCGCUGCAAGAUAUCAUUGCCAUCUUGGGUAUGGACGAGUUGUCUGAGGAAGACAAGCUGACCGUGUCGAGGGCUCGUAAGAUCCAGAAGUUCUUAUCGCAGCCUUUCCAGGUUGCUGAGGUGUUCACUGGCUCCGCUGGUAAACUUGUCCCGCUCGCCGAUACCAUCAAGGGUUUCAAGAUGAUCCUUAACGGUGAACUUGAUCACUUACCUGAGGUCGCCUUCUACAUGGUGGGACCAAUCGAGGAGGUCGUCGCCAAGGCCGAGCGUCUAGCCGAAGAGCAGAGGAUAAGUGACAUGAGUUAGGCAAUUCAUAGGACCUUGUGAACUUGUACAGUUUUUGGGAGUCGUCUCCGACUAGUUUGCAGUUAAUUGAUGAACGCUGAAGUGUACGUAGUGAUAACACUGAAUAGAUGUGUGGACUUGAUUCCAAGUUGGCAUUUCCAAAUAUAACUGAGCGAUUCUCUGCUUAGUUUUAGUUGACGAAGCGGUAGUCUGCUUGGUGUUGUCUAGUCCUAGGCCUGGUUGCUCAAUCAACAUCGACACCAAUGCCAACUUCAGUGCCGUGUGCAUUCUUACUGGACUUACAUCAGAGAAGGUUGUGUCAGUGUUGGUGACUGAUGCUGAUUGAGAGCCUGGGCCUAGUUCUGGGAAUGACUCGGCAAAUGCUCGCUUUGUUGUAAGUUCAACCAAGCUCAGCAUUGCUACGUUAUUUUUGGUUGUAUUUAUAUAAUUUCGUGUAAAAAUGACGGAUACUUGAUCAAUGUUCGACCGUGGUUAAAAUGAUCCAAUGUCAACGUGUUGCAUAGUGAGGUUUCAAACAAAAUAAUAAGUAAAUAACUUUCUUUACA